UAAAAUAUUAUGGAGGGAGGGCUACUCUCUCUUCUCUUAGUUAUCUCGCGUUCAAUUCCACCGGUGAACCCCAAUAGAAUCCUCCUCCACGCCGACGAGCGGGGGCUCUCCUUUACCGUAGGUUUCUCUUCCUCCACGGUUCCUUUCCGAGCCACCCUCUUCCUAGCGACGAUCGCCGACUCCAUGAAACAGGUUGGACACUAUUAGUUAUACUAAUAUGUCAUAAACCCGAAAAUGGCAACUAGACCAACAAAGUUUUGCAGAACUUUGUUUAAUCUUUAUCCAUGCCUUUUCCACUCUUCUUUAAUUCACUCAAUCUCACCAUUACACUCCGUUGAAGAAACCGUUGAAGCUGCUGUUGAAGCCAAAUCCUACAAACAACUUCCUGACAUUCUCAUUGCUGUAGAAAACACUGUGCGCAUUCCGAAUCCUUUCUCAUUUCUCUCCACCUUCCCUUUGAAGCUAAGAACCCAAAUCAUUGAUGAAAUUUUACAAUCUUUUAAAUCUAUUAGGCCCCGCUCUCGCCCCCACAUUGCCUAUGACCUUCUUCUUUCCUACACUCUUCAGAGUCCCCACCCCAUCCCUCUCUCUCUUGCCAUCCUCCAGUGCACUCUUCGAUCUGGCUGUCUCCCUGCUCCGCAAAUAAAACUCCUCCUUUCUUCUGCAUGGCUUAACUGCCAAGGCCAAUCUCAGUCUGUUUCUGAUAGCCUUAUGGAGAUGCAAGACAUCGGAUAUUGUCCUGACUCGCUAAUGUGCAAUUACCUUAUAUCAUCUCUUUGUGCUGUUGAUCGGUUGGAGGAGGCAGUUAAAGUCUUGAAAGGUAUGAGUGGAGCGGGUUCCCUUCCUGAUUUGGAGAGUUAUGCUGGUUUAAUUGCUGCAAUGUGCACAUUUAGAAAAACAGUUGAUGCAGUGGAGUUAAUGAAGCAAAUGGUGCAGAAAGCUAGAUUGACACCAAGACAGGGAACUGUGGUGAAAGUGUUGGCAACUUUACGGGCAAAUAGAGAGAUAUGGAAAGCUAUUGAGAUGAUUGAAUUCUUGGAAAGAGAAGGUAACCCUGUUGGGUUUGAGAGCUAUGAGUUAGUGGUUGAAGGAUGCUUGGAAUGUUGUGAGUAUAUUUUGGCAGGAAAGGUGGUUAUAGCAAUGACUGAGAGGGGCUUUAUACCCUAUAUUAAGGUCAGGCAAAAGGUUGUUGAGGGUUUAUGUAAUGCUGAUGAACUGAAACUUGCCUAUUCAGUAAGGGAAAGAUUUGCAGAACUGGGGUCUUAGUUACUUUGGCUUCCAUGGGUGGUCUGUACAAGUUUUCUUAAACUAGAAAAUCAGCAUUGGCCAUGGUAGCUAAUAUGUGUUCAAAAAUUAAGGGAAUGACAUAUCCUUUGGUAUUGUCCUAUGAUUAAGAAAGCAGCCUAGUGUCAAUCAUUUGUUGGCAUUGUACUUUAACUUUUAUAAUUUGGUUAAUGUGUGGGUGGAGAGAUUUCUAUGCUUUUUGAUCCUGAUUUCUCAUGGCUUGGAUAAGCUUGAGCUAUGGUUAUUCAACGAGGUGGAAUAGGUGAAGGACUCUUGAAAGUUAACAAGGACUCAAUCAACUAAGCAAGUACUGAUUGGUUGCCUAAAUAUGUCAAAAGUGAAUGUGGAUGUCACUUCUAUGGGCAAUCCAGGCACAGUAGGUGCAGGAGUGGUGCUUAGAGAUCAUCUGGAAGGUGCCUCCAACAUCUCACUUGUGUAGUUGGUGUGGCUAUAGAGUUGACAGAAGAACUAUGGGCCAUGGUCUGCAUAUUUUCUUGAACUUGUUUUAAGAGUGGCCUAUGAUUAAUAAAGAUUGAGAUAGUGCUACAAUAUCUUCUUAUCCUUGUCUUCCUUUAUUGAAGAGCAUUAACAGCCUCCUAGAACAUGAUUGGAAAUUGUCUAUUACACAUGUUCAUUGAGACGAGAGGCAAAUUUUCGGGCAAAUUGCUUGCUGACUCAUCUUUAA